AUGGCACCCAAAGCUGUAGAUAUCCCCACUUUCGCGGGCACUCAGAUCGCCCUGCUCGACGCCGAGCAAAAAUCAGAGAUCGCAGAGACGAGCCAGCUCAUCUCGGCGCACUCGCCGUCGGCCCUGCAGCGCGCCGGCGUCGCCAUCACCAACCUCACCGUGUCAUCCCAGCGCACUGGGCUCGGCGGCAAGACGGUCAUAGAGCUGACCGCGGAUUCCGCAGUGUCAGCCUCGGACGGGGAGCUGCCCGAGCACGGCAUCCGUACUGGAGACAUCGUCCUCGUCAGCGAGCAGCCGGCUGGGAGUGCCAAGAAGCGGGAGGUGAAGGACCUCGAGCGCAAAGGUGUCAAGGGCGUGGUCACGAGGGUGAGAAAAGGUGACGUCGGCGUGGCGCUGGAUGAGGACAAGGAGGAUGUCGGGGCAGCGCUUGGUGGGAGGGUGUGGAUCGUGAAGCUGGCGGACGAGGUGACGUUCAAGCGGAUGAACCAAACAAUGGGCAGACUGCAGGCCAUGUCCGAAUCUGAGCACUCAAUCUUCAUGAGAGUCCUGUUUGGCCAGUCGAGCCCUACGCCAAUACCCGAAGAUCUAAGCUCUGACCCCGAUGUUGGAAAGCUGGAUUGGUUCGACCCGAGUCUCAAUGAUUCGCAAAAAGACGCUAUACGUUUCGCUCUGGCGUCGAGGGAGAUCGCAUUGAUACAUGGCCCACCUGGGACUGGCAAGACGCAUACUUUGAUUGAGUUGAUCCUGCAGAUGAUCAAGAGAGGUCUACGGAUCUUAGUCUGCGGGCCGUCUAACAUCUCAGUUGACAAUAUUGUCGAGAGAUUAUCACCACAUAAAAUCCCAAUUGUUCGUUUGGGCCAUCCCGCACGCCUCCUCCCCUCUGUCUUGAAUCAUUCACUCGACAUUCUCACGCGCACUUCUGAAGCUGGUCAAAUCGUCAAAGAUGUUCGCGAUGAGAUGGACGCCAAACAGGCAUCAAUCAAGAAGACCAGGAAUGGCAGAGAACGCAAAGCAAUAUAUAUGGACCUCAAGGAGCUGAGGAAGGAGUACCGCGAACGGGAAAGGGGCUGCAUCAGUAAUCUGGUCAAGGGCAGCAAAGUGGUCCUGGCAACUCUACAUGGCGCUGGAGGCUAUCAGCUACGGAACGAGCAGUUCGACGUCGUGAUCAUCGACGAAGCAUCCCAAGCUCUCGAAGCCCAGUGCUGGGUACCAUUGCUCUCAGCGAAAAAGGCUGUCUGCGCUGGAGAUCAUCUCCAACUACCACCUACUAUCAAGUCGCUCAACAGCAAAACCAAGACAAGCGCAAAGAAUGGCGACAAGGUGCCAAAAGGGGCAACGCUAGAGACUACCCUUUUUGACCGUCUUUUGGCACUUCAUGGCCCGUCAAUCAAGAGAAUGCUCACCACUCAGUAUCGAAUGCACGAGAAGAUCAUGCGCUUCCCUUCGGACGAAUUGUAUGAUUCCAAGCUGAUCGCUGCCGAUGCAGUCAAGGACCGCCUUCUUAAGGACCUGCCCUACGACGUGCAGACCUGUGAUGACACGACGGAGCCCUUGAUAUUCAUCGACACACAAGGAGGGGAUUUCCCCGAGAAAGAAGACGAGGAAGAGACUCCCAAGAAAGCAAAGGCAUCGCUUCGAGGCGACAGCAAGAGCAACGAGAUGGAGGCUCUGCUUGUCAAGCAGCAUGUUCGCACUCUCGUUGACGCUGGUGUCAAGACUGAGGACAUCGCUGUCGUGACGCCUUAUAAUGCCCAGCUAGCACAGCUAGCCCCUCUGAAAGAAGAAUUUCCUGGUAUCGAGCUUGGAAGCGUCGAUGGCUUCCAAGGCCGUGAAAAAGAGGCAAUCAUUGUCAGCCUCGUCCGAAGCAAUUCAGACGGUGAAGUCGGCUUCCUCGGUGAAAAGCGCCGCCUCAACGUCGCCAUGACACGGCCCAAACGCUCUCUUACUAUAAUUGGUGACUCGGAAACGGUGCAGAAAGGCAGCAAGUUCCUGAAGCAAUGGAUGACAUUCCUCGAGGAUAACGCAGACCUGCGGUACCCUGACCUCGCAUCCUUGACGGCGGACGCUUGA